AUGGUUUAUUUUAUUUUGCCUCUAAAUAAUCUUAAAAUUCUUGGAAUAUGUGUUACAUAUUUGUGAAGAGUAUUUAUCGUAUACAAUGUGCAUCAUAAACACUACAUAAUGAGUAUAACUAUAAACAAGCAUUAAAAGGAAUGUAGAUACAGUGCUGUUAAUAGAAGUCAAAAUGUUUAAAAAAUAUUUAAUUUUACUAUUUUCCUCGGUACUGUUCACUGCGACAGCCACUCAUGUUAAAGGAGAAUUUACUACACAAGACUUUUUUAAGUUCUUGGUCAAAUUCGGCUUCCAGAAGACUGAUAUUCAUUUCCAGAAGGAAACAUAUGGCUACAUUUUCGGUAACAUAACUUCGAACGAGAAUUUUAAAUACCCUGUUACUUUUGCUGUUUUAGACAGACCUCACUUUUUACACUAUUACAAAAGUCGUGAUAUAAGUGAUAAGGAAUCAGCUUGCCAGGUGAUGUUCCAACACCUAAAUGGUUCAGCAUAUCAUCCAAAAUGCAAUGUUAAUGGGCAAGACCUGUUUAGAAGAAUCCCAUGCCCUGAAGGCAAGCUUUGUGUGGACGAGGAUACAUCGUGGAAUGUGGUGAAACACAAUCAAUUUACGUAUGUCAUCCAAAAUAAUGGACAGCCAAGAUUUUGGUAUGUUUCAAUGGUUUCCUGCUAUUUGGAUGAGGUGACCUGCACAUGGCAUCAUUACACUGGUGCUCCAUCAGCUGAUAACAAAACCUUGACAAACACACCACAAACUAUUGAAUACGAUUUGUGGCUUGUCAACGGAAGCCCCAACCUUUCCCUUUCUAAUACAAUGUUCUAUCAAUUCUCAUUUGAUAGACAAAAUACUUUGGAAUUAUAUUUGUUGUUCUGGCUGUGUUAUAUUAUACUUAUGCCAGUUCAAAUUUAUGCAGUCAGGACACAAAGGCAUCCUGUUACAAAAUUAUUCACAUCAAGCCUCGUACUUGAGUUUGUAGCUCUCUGUUUCAAUGUGCUGCACACAAUGAAGUUUGCAGCAGAUGGUGUUGGCUUCCCACGGUUAGCUGUUGCUGGUGAUAUACUUGAUAUUAUGAGCAGAACCCUCUUCAUGCUACUACUUCUUUUGUUGGCAAAAGGUUGGGCAGUUACACGGCUAGAACUAACAUAUAAACCAUUAGUUUUUGGAGUGUGGAUGGUCUAUGGAAUUGUUCACAUACUUCUGUAUGUUUGGAAUACUACGGAAGUGGACAUUAUAGAAGAGAUAGAUGAAUACCAAACAUGGCCUGGCUGGCUAGUCCUAACACUGCGGGUGGCCAUCAUGACAUGGUUUGUUCUGGAGCUGCGCAACACAAUGAUGUAUGAGCACAACAUGCCAAAACUAAAUUUCCUAUUGCACUUUGGUGCCUCAAGCCUUGUGUGGUUCGUGUACUUGCCAAUUAUAGCUCUCAUCGCUCUGCAGAUAAGCCCGCUGUGGAGAUUUAAAUUUCUCUUGGGUAUAACUUACUCGGCUGAUUGCCUGGCGUUUUGCAUCAUGGCUCACCUUUUAUGGCCGACGCGAUCCGAGCAGUAUUUGCUGUUAACACCCUCCGGCUAUACAGCAGGUAUCGACGAGUUGGACGAGUUCAGCGAGUCGCCACACGUUGUCCACAGCGACACUGUCGCGCUCACAGCGGAAAGCAUCAACGCGGAAGAAGAAGAGGUCAUAUUCGCACGACCGCAAAAGAAUGGCGUGGCGUUCUCGUAGCAACGCAACUAAAUAUGUACCUUGAAAAGUGAUGGGUCACCUACCGCCGGAUUCAGUAACUUUUCAAAAUGUCGGCAGCCGGUCGCAUUCAUAUGACUCGUCAUAAGUUUUUUAUAAAGCUGACUUGUCGUCUCUUAACUGUCCGAAAAGUUACUGAUUAAAGAAACCAGGCUAUCUCGGUUAUUGAUAACUUAACUUCGCUCUUAUUGCGCUGUUUGAUGCAAAUUUUAACUGUCUCGUUGGUGUAGUGGCUCUUAUGUUCGACUACGAAUCACGAGAUCGUAGAUUUGUUUUCCGGGUCGGGCAAAAAAUGUUUAGGUAUUGGAUAUUUCCGUCGAGAAAUACUGAGUAUCGCCCGGAGUUCGGAAAUUGGCAUUGUCUACUCUCGUGCCAUACAGAGCAUGUUAAAUCCCCGGUCCCCGCUAAAAUGGGAUAAUUCCGCCGACCCGCGUUAAAGCAACGUUUAUGGACAGAGCUCUAAUAAAUCUCUCUCUACUAUGUAUAAUAUAAGUACUGUCAAUUUGUACAACACGAAUUUUGGAGAUUGUUAUAUUUAGAAUGUAAUAAAGAAGCCUGUACCGAGAAAUCAGAUGAAAUGAUUAAAGUCUGUGUAUGCUAAUAAGUUUAACACAAACUAUGUAUCCUAAAUAGAACAUAAAUUCAUAAGCGUUUAUAAGGUUACUUUGUAGGUAAAAUAAUAAUUUGCAUUUCAUUUGAUAUUUACCCAAACUGAAUAAUGUUAUAAAUUCUAAAGUUAUGUUUUUGAGAUUAGGUUUUCAGUAUCCCAGUAGCUGCAAAAGCACGAGGUUUGAGUACUUGCGCGCCGCUCCUUGUAAUGAGAAUAGAAAGUGGUUGGCUCAAGGUACUCAUAACACAAAUGCCCGUGUCCAUAAGGGCUACCUAAUACGUUUAAAUAGUAUAUAUAGUUUGAAAAGAGCAAAUAACACGCUAUAGAACUCGGUUAGGUUUGCUGUCAUACCACACUCUCCUUAACUCUCUCUGUAAAUGUUAUGUAGAAGAAACAAUGGCUAUGCUUUAAAUAAAUUAUUACGAGUGUAAUUUUUAAGUUAUUAUUUUAGUUCGCAGUGUAGGAUAACUGUAUGACCAGUUGCUGAUAAAGUCUUAUGUUUUAUAAUUUAUUUUUCAUCACACUUGCUUUUGCAGAAACUUAUUACGCCGACAUAAGACUCAUAAUCCACGAUAUUAAAUUCGCGUGUUUUAUUUUAAAAUUACCGUAGGUACUUGUGCUUUAUUUAUGAUAUCCGAUUAAGUUUAUUUUGUACCUCACUGCAAGUUAUAAAUAUGAAGACCACUUUUAAUUAAGCCGGGUAAGAAUUAUUUUCUUAAUCAACAAAUAGGUUUUAUGCGGUUAAAAAUGAAAAAAUAUUUUUACCUUCUCAAUAGAUGAUAAAAUUAAACAUUUUAUCAAAUUAUUCACAAUUCAUGAUUAGUUAAACAUGUUUUUAAUACGAAGAGAUGCUGCUGGCAUGAAAUGCAAACGAUGCUGGCUGUAUAUCGGUUUACUUUUGCGCGCGUAAAAAAACUUAUUGUUAAUAAUUUUCGCUUAUUGUUAAUAAUUUAAAAUGUCCAGUUUAAAUUAGUAUAGUAGAAUUUACUCAGCUGUGAAUAAUAAUCAAGGCACUAUAGCGAUUGUAUAACCUGUUUCGACCAAUCUCUAAAGAGCGGCCCAUGAAACUGUUAUAUAAUGGAAAAACAGCGAAAAAUGGUCAGUUAUUUUCUGAGAAAGUAUUAAUAGUUUUUUCCUCGCAAGUGUGGUGAAAAUCGUUGUAUUAAACGUGCAUGGAAAAUUACUUAUUACGCUCUCGGCUUUCUUUGCGCAUUCGCUUUUAGCUCAUGCGCGUGAGACCGCCUUGACUGUAAAAUGGAAUAUUACCAUACUGUAGUCGUAAAAAUGUAAUAGGCCCGUUUUGACAUUUGUCAUCGCGACGUAACUAGUUAUG